GCCGCGCAGAGUGCGGCCGUCCGCAGCCCGUCUGCCGGGAGCGCUCGAGCCCCGCGUGUCCCCGCUCCCGCAUUCCCCGUUCCUGCAUUCCCCCCACUCCGUGCGGAAGGGAUGGCGGGGGUAAGCGCGGCCCUGCUUGCGGGGCUGCUGGGGAGGCUGGCGCUGGUGCUGUACGGGCUGCAUCAGGACCGCACCAUGCGGGUGCGCUACACCGACGUCGACUACCGGGUGUUCACGGACGCGGCGCGGCUGGUGACCGAGGGGCGCUCGCCCUACCGGCGGGCCACCUACCGCUACACGCCGCUCCUGGCCUGGCUGCUGACGCCCAACGUGUUCCUCGCCGAGGCCUUCGGGAAGCUGCUCUUCGUGGCCGGAGACCUGGCGGCUGCUGUCGUCGCUUACCGGGCCCUGCGGCGCCGGGGGGCCGCCGCCGGCCGCGCCUGUGGGUGCUGCGCCGCCGCCUGGCUCCUCAACCCCCUGCCCAUGGCCGUGUCCAGCCGGGGCAACGCGGAGGCGCUGGUGGCGCUGCUGGUGCUCGCCACCCUGUAUUGGGUGGAGGCGGGCAGCGUGGGCAAGGCCGCCGUGUGCUACGGGCUGGCCGUGCACAUGAAAAUAUAUCCCCUGACCUACGUGCUGCCCAUAGCGCUCCGCCUGCGCACCAGGCCGGGCCGCGGGGAAGGGGUGCUGGAUGCGCGGGGUGACAAAACGGCAAGGGUCACGUUUAUGGCACGCCUCUGGCACCUUUUUGUAAAGAUGCUGAACCGCGACGUACUACUCUUUGGAACAGUUGCCGGAUCAGUGCUGGCUGCCUUGACUCUGGCAUUUUAUCACCUCUAUGGCUGGGAGUUUUUGGAGCACGCCUACCUCUAUCACCUGACUAGGAGGGAUAUCCGUCAUAACUUCUCUCCCUAUUUCUACAUGUUGUACUUGACAGCAGAGAGCAAAUGGAGUUUUGCCCUUGGGCUCACAGCUUUCCUGCCCCAGCUGCUUUUGCUCCUGGUCAUUUCCAUAGAGUUCUACAGAGACCUUGCCUUCAGUUGUUUCCUACACACCGCUAUUUUUGUGACUUUUAACAAAGUGUGCACAUCCCAGUACUUUGUCUGGUAUCUCUGCCUUUUGCCCCUCAUAAUGCCUAGUAUUAAGAUGUCCUGGCAUAGGGGCGUGCUGCUUCUCUUUCUGUGGUUCAUCGGACAAGGCCUGUGGCUUACUCCUGCAUUCUUUCUGGAGUUCAAAGGAUAUAACACUUAUUUAUUUAUAUGGUUAGCGGGCUUGCUUUUCCUUUUAAUUAAUAGCCUCAUAAUUGUUCAGAUUAUUACACAUUAUCAAAAAGGAGCACAAGUUGCAAAAAAACUGAAGCAACGGUAAUAAAUGGACCAAAAUCCAGAAACAGCCCUACUGUCUUUGGUAAUGCGUCACAUAUCACCAGCACUUCAUCUAACAAAAGCGCAUGUAAGUUGUACUAAAGCACAUUGUGUGUAGAUGUUACUGUUUCAGGGCCAUGAGAGCACUGAUUGGCCUCAGUUACCCUGAGCAGCCCCAGUCCUGCCCUGAGCAGUGUCAGCAGGUGUACCUCUCUCCCGUGUGGGUCUUGAAACUGCAUUGCAGCCUUCUCUCCAGCACUGCCUCCAGCUCUGUCUUCCCGCUCCUGACUAGAAUCCCUGGGGGUAUCCUGGACCAGUUCACCACUUAACCAUCUCUGGGGCUCUGGUGAAUGGCCUCUGCCCAUCUGCACUGACUGUCUUCACCUGCUGCCUCCAGAGACAGUGGGGCUGUGCCCUGCUCUUUGACCCACUCUCAGUUCCUGCUCAUACUCCCUUAUGGAGUAGCCCUGGCACCUUUUUUCUCAUUCUCAGUGUUAGCCUGUUGAAGACCUUGGCCUUUAUCUAGAAUAACACAGAAGAUAAUAUAGGUGGAAUUUGGUUAUAAAAUUGGAGUUUGACAGUUUUGUACAUUCCAGUAGGUCAGUGGGGUGUUUGGCAAGACAAUCGCUCAACAUUUACAGUGGGGUGUAUUUUUUCUUUUGUUUCCACAGUAAUAUUUUAGCUAUGCACUGUUUAUGGCCUGUACCUGGACUUUAUGUCAUUAACUCUUUGAGGCUUUUAAUUUAUUUUAGAAUUCAGAUAUGCUACUCUCGCUUAUUUUUGCAUAUUCUGUUCUGUUUGAAUUUUUGAAUAGAUUUAUUUCCCUUGCCGAGGAGGAAGAUUUUCCCAUAUACCUGUCUUGCAUCACAGAAAUGUAUAAAGCUUAUAUAUUUGUUUCUUCCUGCCAAGUUCCAGAAAAGAGGCCACUGCCUUAAAUUUCAGUUAAUGUAUGGUUAUUGUGGGUGUUCACAGUAGCAAAUGCAGAAUUAAAGUAAACUUAGAAUGGCA